GUUCGUUACAAAGAAACGUCAAACAACGAGAAAAAAGAAAGUCGAUAUAUUAUACAAUCUUUGCGUGGGGAUGUCCCUUUAUGCUUGCUAUUUUAUGUGUCAGUAUGGAUUUUCUUUCCGAGUAUGUAAAUGUACCACCGAUUUUGCGACCGCAAUUUCAAUUUUAUUGCUGGUUAUUCAGACUGGUCCGUAUAUGUUGUAUUAUCAUGGGCUUAAAAUUAUAUGCAUGAUCUUUAGCAUUUGUUUGUCUAUAUCUACGGCAUUAAAAAUUGCGCGUUACGAAAAGGAUACGAGUCUUGGUCUGAAAAAUUCGGAGAGCAAGUGCUAUAACGAUAAUAAAAAAUGGUUUAAUCUUUAUCUGAAGAUAUUUAUCGUGCUGUUCAUCUUAAUGGGAAUAAAAUGGCUUAUGAUGACAGCGCAUGUAUUAUCUGCAAUGGUAUCAAUUUAUAACUGGUAUGUUAUUUAUUUGCUGGACAUUAUGCAAAAUCUGUGCACCUUUAUCAUAUUUGUGUGGAGAAAAUAGAUCAAGUGCAUGUUAUUCAAGCGAUUCGCCUGCGGUUUGUUGUCAAAAGCUUGACACGGAUCGAAUGCAACAUUGUCGAGCAUUCUUACCAUGUCAAAAGAAAUAGUUAUGCAGGAGAAGAUAAGGUCACACUGAUAGCAUUGAAUUUUAUAUUUUAUUUGAAAAUUAAAAUCAUGUUUUUUUUAUUAAAGUGAAUUUAAAUUUACUACACUGACUAAUAAUAAAAAGUUAUUUAUUAAUUAUGCAACGUUUCGACCUUGUAAUAGGGUUUUUUUCAGGCUAUAAUAUUGAAACAAGUAGUCGUAAAUACGAAGAAAAGAAAAACGCAACAAUUUUUUCCGUAUAAUUUACGUAACUCAUAAUAAAAUUACGAAUAAGAAAACACAUUACCCAUAAAUUCGAUGUAAAAGGUUACAUAAUGUGCAUAAUAUUGAUUGAGACUUAUUUAAAAAAUGUAAGGCUCCUUGAAAGAAAAA